AUGUUGAUAUCCUUCCAUUUCCGGUAUCUAACAUACAUCUCAGGAGCCGCCCUCUCUGCAAAGAGCUCCAUCUUCAUCGAUGAUGCCGAGAAUAUCGACCCGACUACCCUCAGCCUCUCCUCCAAACGCAAGCGGUCCUGGGACGAUGAGGACGAUGUCUCCAAGGGUUCCCCCCAACCGCUGAAGACCUCCCGCCUGGCACUCACCACCCGCGACCAUCUCACCCCCCGACUAUCAACCCCAUUCAAGAAUGGCCCUUCCAACUCAACUCCCAAAUCUGCUCCUAUUCUCAAGCCCGCUGGCCGGUCUCCACCUCCCAAAUCCUACAAGACACCUGGUCGCCGGUCGACCAUCGCCAAGGUCCGUCCGGAGCCCACCAAACGCGGCGUCGCUCGCCCUUUCUCCCUUGCAGCCGCCCUCUCCCAGGGCAAGACCAAGACACCAUCCACUCCCAAGCCUCAAUCUAAGGCCCCGGCCUCUUGGUUCUUUGACAUCCAUGUCGACUCGGAGCAAGAGGAAAUGACCAACCUGAUGCAACACUCCACCGGUGUCCUCGAUAUCAGCGACGAGGAGGGCAAGGCCGUCAUUACAGAUGGCCGCGGCAAGGAAAACGUUCCCCCUUCCGAACUAGGUCUCGAUCUUCCCCGCUCCCAGCAGGCCACUCACCUGGCUGCCGCCACAGCUGCACGCAAGGAUUCCAAGAUGGAAGAAGAUCGUGCCCCGCUGGGUGAACUGACUGCUUCCGACUACUACCCCGAAGACUGCAAUGCCUUCUCCUUUGCCGUUGUCCAUGACGAUGAGGAUGAAAACGUCUCGGAAUCUAAAAAGGCCUACUCCGCCCCGCCGAGUCAGUCGACUUUCAUGCCGCCAGCUAUCACUGCUUCGAUCGAUUCCCUGCUGGCAACUGCCAUGUCCAGCCCCACUGUCAACACGACCACGACUGAAAAGACCAGCGACCCCGAUGCCAUCGAGAUCUGGGAACCCUCCAGUGCGGCUGAUGAUGCGCAGUCAUCUGGAACGAGCGCAUCGUCAUGA